AUGGCGCCCAAUGACGCAAAUAAAACUUUUGUGGAACCAGAGGUAAAAAGUGGAAAAUCUGGAGAUAGAGUCUUCAUAACGGGAAUGUCAGGGUUAUAUCCCGAAUCCCAUAACGUGAAGGAAUUAUCAAAUAUUUUAUAUAAUAAGAUCAAUCCUGUUAAUGCGGAAAAAUGUCGUUGGCAAUAUGACCAUCCUGAAGUCGCGAAGUACACUGGGAAAGUGCCUGAGUUGUCGUCAUUUGAUGCACAAUUUUUUAAAGUCCAUUAUCGCUUAGGAAACAAUAUGGACGCAAUGGGACGUAAAAUUUUAGAACAGGCCUACCAAGCCAUUUUGAUGCUGGAAUCAGCCCAGUGGAACUCUUCCGGAAAAAAG